AGCGGCUAACUUCGCGGUAUUUACCGACAGUUACGGUUUGCGCCAAAAGUCAAAAAUGUCUUAAAUUUUCCACCUAAAAUUAACCCCUUUAUCGUGUUUUCUGCGUCCGUGUGUGUUAAUUUUGAAUGUUUAGACUUGAAGUUAUGUCAUGUCUAUCCUGGAGGAAAUCCCGGCUUUCUCAAUAUGGGAGACCUUCCACCAGACCAUUCCCGCUCUCAUGAGCACAAAAACGUCCGAGCGAAGCGCCGAACACCUAGCAAAAAUCAUCAAGUCCGGCGAUUUCACAAAUAUCUUCGUUUACAGUAGAGACCCGUCCAUGAGCUUCGAAGCCUACCAGACUGUCGCAAACAAGUACAAAUCGUUCACGACGUGGUUCCUCGGACAGUUUUUUUAUUUGCUAAGUUGCAAGGGGUUGAGUAAGAGUCAUGGUGUGUACGUCGAUAUACAAUUGUGUGUUUUGGAGCAGCUAUCGCACACUCAGUUGAACGUGUACGACGAAUUGGCGAAAGAGUAUAGUAAGGCGUUUAAUAACGUGACCAGAUUUAUUAAAUGUGGGGAUGAAAGUUUAACGCUGGAGGUGUUUAUUCCAGUGAAGUUCCACGACGUGUGCGAGAAGCUGAAUCUCGAUCCAAUUUCAGUGGAAAUCACUAAAGAUUAUGAAAGUUUUCUUCUUAAUUUUUUGAAGAUUAUUAACUAUAUAGUUAACCACAACUUCGAUUUCCGGUGCUUUGAUGCAGACACGAGGCGAAAUUUGGAUAAUUUGUUGUUUUUGAUCUCAGAGUGUAGGUGUGUUGUUAAGAUUGAAAUUUUAAAAAUAUAUGUCGAAAUGGUGAAAAAAAUCGACUGCAAUGUCGAUACCGACGUACUUAUUUUACGCAAAGUAGACUUGUUUGCUCAAUAUUUCGAACAGAUUGUUUAUAACAUGUAUAAUAAGAGGUUCGCCCCAACGCCAAAAGACGUAGAAGUGUUCGAAAUCUUGUUGUUAGAAUUUUUGGAAAUGAAUACCGACAAGGAACGAUUUAUGAAAAUAAGCGAAUUUUUACUAAUCACACGUUUCGAGAAGCCGCCUACUCAAAAAGUUCUCAACUUUUGCAAGAAAAAGAGAGACAGACCUUUGUAUAGUCCUGAAGAUUUUGAUAGUUAUAUUAGAAACGCCUUGACUGGCUAUGACACGUCGGCUUUAUGUGGCUUGAGACAGUAUAUAAUCAGUGAUAUUAACACCUUCCGGGCGACGCGAGAGGGCGUUCACGAACUUAAACUCUACAACUUUUCGUCCGGAAAAUGGAAAACUGUAUAUUUCAUGAUUAUACAAGCCAUAGACAACACUAAUUGUGUGAAUAAUUGCAAAAUCCUCUCGUUUGUGGAAUUCAUGAUCGAGUUGACGGCUCUUCUCAUCGAAAUCAGAAUCGAGUUCAACUCGUUUAAAAUUGUGUUCAUAGAAGAAAACGUCGUUUUUGUUAAAAUCUUCUCCCUCUUGAACCGACACUUCGCCGACUGUACAAACAACAUCGACUUUACAGCGAUCUUCAACUUACUUUUAAACCUGUCGUUUUGUUCGUCGAAAUUGACAACUUUCUUUGAUUGCUUCGCAUACCCGUUCACUUCGUCACUCACCGACAAUGGUUACGUAGCAAGUGACGAUUAUCGUCAAUAUAUGAAAGAACUGAGCGACUUUUGUCACAAUUCAAGUCGGUUUUUAACCCAGAAAGAACUAGCUUUCGAGUACUUGAACAAAUUACUCGAGGGUGCGUCCAGCGGUUUGUUCGACCUUCCACCGAUUCACGACAUGGAAAUAACGUACAUGAAGAUAGCAAAACAGAGUAAAAGUCAGUUGGCCAUCACGAAUUUACCCCAUCUGUUGACCGUUUUCAACAACAGCGAUCGAAUCAUCUCAGAAAUCCUAAACCCGGCUUUGGCUUCAAGUGACGAGGCAACUCUGCGUGACGUCACUAAAGUACUACCCCAAAUCAUCUGCGUAGCCUCGUCUGACUUUAUCAAACUCGUCCAGAUAGACCCUGAUCUACGAAAAUUAAAAGUGGAGAUUCUCUGCGACAAAUGUCACCUCGAAAUCCAACCCAAAUCAUCCGACAAACACAAAAAAAUUGACGAGUUGAGACGAAAACACACGAACAGUUUGGCUACAAGUUUCACCAAAGUGGACGUAGAUCUGUCCGCUUUAACCAGUUCGAUUUUGAAAAGCGUCCUUAAAUUUUUGACACUCGACGACACGGAGUUGAAAGUAGUCGCGUUGGAAGCACUACCCUAUUGCUCCAGCCAUAUCCUCAAGUUCUACUCCGGCACUGUUGCCAACAUUUGGGUCGAGAAAUGUGGCGAUUCGGACGAAUCCGUGCGACGAAAGUGUGGCGAAGUGAGUGCCAAAAUAGUCACACUUUCACAACAAAACAAAGUCUUAUCUAACUCCACUAAAAACGAAAUCGUGGACACACUUUUUGACGCGUUGAUGAAACAGACGAAGAAAAGUCUCCAAGAGAGCGACUUUAAGUUACAGGAGACCAUUUUAGACACGAUUUUGCAGCUCAGUGGCGUGAAAUGCGACAAUACAGUACUACCAAUUAUCAAAAUAUUGAUUUAUCUGAUCAUGGUACCAACCUCGAAGCACUCUCUAGUCGCGGUCAACCGGUUUCUGAAUUUCGCCAAAAGUCGCGAUUACACCGCUAACCAGUUGUACAAGCUUUACAAACGCGAAAUUUGCGAAGUGGUUGCGCAUUUGUGUGUUGUGAACCAGACUCUGAUUAAUUAUUCGCUCGCGACGUCUUUGUGUAAAAUUUCGGCCACAUUUGAGUUUUACAACGUUAAAGAUUUCGUGUCACGGGAGUGCCACCAGUUGUUACCUUUUUUCGUCUCUAAAGUCAUUAAAUCACCCGUGGUUGGUAAACUUAUGGAUGAGAUGGCGCUGAUGGUCAGUAUGGGACUUCCCGAGUUACUCACCAACAUCUACGGGAACAUUUUCCUGCACGUGUUUCUUAACGAACCCAAAGACGAGUUCAAACAGUGCUCAAAGUAUCUGGAAACCACCACUGGUUUGUCGUCGACGCAGUUGCGCAAGCGCAACCUGUGGGUGAUUCUGAACGAACUCCUACUGAACUUCCACGAAAAACGGGACAAGGUUUUGAUGGCUUUGCAGUACCUGGCGAAGGAGGACACGAAUACCGAAAACGUCCAGGAGUACUUACAGUCAAGGCUUCUGGGGUUGUUACAACACUUCGAUUUUAAACUCAUGGGGAAGAACACGAAUCGGAAAGGCCCAAUCCUUCUCAGUCUCGCGGACUUCUUCAAAUACAUGGGUCCUAGUCACAUAGGGCCGCUGCGUUUUAAAAUCAUCGCCAUGCUUCAAACCGCCGACUGUGGAGGCUUCCCCGACCUCACCUGCGAAGUUUGGAGCGCCUUCAUCAAGAGCUGCGACGUGGAGUCUUUGGCACCUCAACUAGCGACGAUUUUCGUGUCGAUUCUGCCUUUGAUUAAGUCGUGUCCGCGACAAAUCAACGACAUUUUCAAGUACUUGGUGAUUCAGAACGAAAAUCUGACGAAAGACUACAUCAAGGACUUGUUUUUCGUCGACGAGUUAAAAGUGGACGCUCUGGUGCUCCAAACCAUCCGUCGGUACGUGCGACCUUUCGACGACUACCCGUUGAAAGACAAAAUGAAGAUUUUUCUCAAGUACUUGUCUCACGAGACGAGCGAAGUUCGCAUCCGCAGUCUCAAACAACUCAAACUUUUGAUGGAAAAAAACCGCGAGGAGUUGGAUCGGAUGAUCCUCGGCUACAACGGGAUCGACCCGGUGAUCGUGGAGUUAAUCGAAAUUUUGACACUGGGUUGUCGCGAAAAAGACCCGAGUUUGAAACUGGCUUGUGGCGAAGUGAUGGGUGAGUUGGGGGCGGUGGAACCCAGUCAUUUACCUCGAAGAUACGCGCAAAAUAGCCGAAACUUUAGUUUCUUCAUGACGGACGACGGCUUCAUCGUUAAUUCGUUGAACGAGCUAACUAAGGCGCUUCAAGGCGAGAAAAACACCGUCAGCAUGGACCGCUUCGCCGUGGCAAUCCAGGAAAUUCUAAAGAACUAUGAAAUAUCGUCGGACGCCACUAGUACCAGGAACGACUUAUGGAAGCAGUUUCCGGAAAGCCAGCAAGCGUUGAUGUUGCCGUUGCUGACGUCCAGGUACAUCGUAUCGCAACCCCAGGAAGUCACUGUUGCUACUCCGAUCUAUGGAAGCGCGGAUGGGGCGUCGUUCCAAACGUGGCUUUACAAUUGGACGCGCAGCUUAAUCGCGACGUUACCACAAGACAACCAGGUGGUGUUGCACCCGUGCUUGCCCGCAAUGAAGCAAGACAGUCGAAUCCUGAUGGUCUUCCUUCCGUACAUUGUGUUACAUUCGGUGAUUUCUGACGUGAAAGACAACCGGGAGAAGAUGUACACGGAGAUUAAAACCGUGACGAGUUCGUUUGACAAGAAGCGGCAGCUCCAGGAUGUAGAGUCGCUGACGUUACCUAGUGGUAGUACACCAGAGCGGGCACCCGAACGCGUGGAACGGACCCAAUGCACGAAAGUCGUCUUCAUAAUUCUGGAUUUUUUGAACCGCUGGACGCGCGAGUGGCAGUGGAGGACGGGCUCCAAGGGUCGCAAUGACCCCAACUUCGUCAAAAUUAAAACUUUCUUGGAGCGCUUCUGCAAACUGGAGUUGGCUAAAUGUAAUUUUCAGUGUGGCGAGUACCCACGCGCUCUCAUGUACCUGGAGGACUACAUCAGCGAGAAGCCGCACGAAGUUUCCAACCAGUUGAUUUUCCUGACUAAGAUUUACGCGCAGCUGGACGAGCCCGACGGCGUGGCGGGCGUGACCGCCCUCCAGCCCACCGAGCCUCCCAUCGAGCAGCGCAUUCUCUCGCUCGAAGUAUCGGGGAAGCUCUCCGACGCCGCUGCUUGCUACGAGCGCCUGCCGCAACCCUUCAAAAUGCACCACCUCUCCGGCCUAAUCCAGUGCUACCUCGACCUGGACAACGUCAACACCGCGUUGAAUUUCGCACAAGGCGCAUUGGCCCGCCAACCCGAAUUCGGGAACAUGCUCCUGGAGAUGCAAGCCGAGCCUUUGUGGCGAUUGGGUCGCUACGACGACUUGAACACGCUUCUGGAACGGCCGGAGCUCGUCGACAACACCUCCUGGGGUGUCCAGAUCGGCAAAGCCCUUCUGUCUUUCCAGAAUCGCGACCGCGGCCUCUUCGACGGGUUGAUCCAGUCGCUCAAAAACCAACAAGCGGAUCUACUGGGGGCCGCUAGCGUCGAAGAAGGUGCCUACCAGCACGGGUACUGCUACAUCUCGCGCUUGCACGCCUUGAACGAGCUACAACAAGUGGAAAGAGCCACCUACGAAAUUUUAAAAGGGGGCGACGCGGUACGGGUGAUCAAAAACCUAGCGAAGGAGUGGGAGUUGAGGAUCAAGGUGGUCCAAGAGAGUGUGAGGAUUGUGGAGCCGUUGAUGUGUUUGAGACGAGUGGCGGUGGAGCAGUCGAAACGGAUCAUCGAAGAGAGGGUCCCCGGUGGGGUUCCCCUUUUGAAUUCGUUGUUGGGGGAGUGUUGGCUGUAUAGUGCGCAGACGGCGCGACUGGCGGGGGUUCACCAACAGAGUUAUACGUACACGUUGAAGGCGGAGGAGUUCGCACCACCGAGUUUGUUCGUGGAGAAGAGUAAGCUUCAUUGGUUGAGAGAAGAGCACGAACAAGCUCUAACCACGUUAAGGAGAGGCUUGGAGAUUUUGCUCCCCGACAGUUCGAAGGAAGCCAUCGCCGCUCUACCUCUCGAAAAACGAAAAAUUUGCGCCGAAGCUAAACUCCUCAUAGCGACGUACAACGACACCGUGUCCAACGUGGAUACGGACAUCAAGACGGCCAACUACCGAGAAGCCACGGAAGUGUAUAAGGAGUGGGAGACGGGUUUGGUGAGUCUAGCGCAGUUCUUUGAUCGUCGCUUCCAGAACUACUCCGACGAAGAUCGGGACUCCCGAGGUAGUGACAUGCAGAUCUGGAUGAUCAGUUACUUCUGUAAGUCGUUGAGGUACGGUACCGCUUUCGUGUACCAGUCGCUACCACGACUACUAUCCAUCUGGUUUGAUUAUGGUACCCGGUUACUCGACGUGACUGACCCACAAACCCGCGACGAACGAAAAACCAACCUGAUCAAAAUGACCAAGUUGAUCGACGUAGCGUUGGAAACGCUACCCGUCUACGUGUUUCUGACCGCGUUCUCGCAGAUCAUUUCACGGAUUUGUCACCCCCAGAAGGAGGUCUACGUCGAGCUGAAGUCCAUCAUCAUCAAACUACUCCUCAACUACCCGCAGCAAAGUUUGUGGAUGAUCAUUUCGGUGAUCAAAUCCAGCUACAUGGUACGAUCGAAACGGUGCGCGGACAUCAUCAGCGACCCGAAGCUAAAAACCAUUGCAAAACUCGUAAAAGACUUCACUAGCUUAGCUGAAAAAUUAAUCGAGUUGUGUAACAAAGACGUGGCGCAGGAUGUCGAAACCACGACUGUGAGUGUCCUCCUACGGACUCUUCCUAGGAUGUUAAAUAAAACCGACUUUAGCGAAAUCAUGAUCCCCACUCACAAGUUCCGAAAGUUGGUACUACCCAAUCCGGACUUCGCAAACGGCGAACACAACCCCUUCCCUAAUCACUACGUCCACAUAGUGGGGAUAGCCGAAGAAGUCACCAUUCUACGGAGUUUGCAACGCCCUAGAAAAAUAACCUUCAGGGGCUCAGAUGGGAAAGGGUACGUCCAAAUGCUAAAACCCAAAGACGACUUAAGAAAGGACUUCAGGUUGAUGGAAUUCAACGACAUUGUCAACCAAUUGUUGUCGCGCGAAUCCGAGUCGCGGCAGAGGCGACUCAACAUCCGACUUUAUUCAGUCUCGCCCCUAAACGAAGAGUGCGGCUUAAUCGAAUGGAUCCCGAAUCUCCUAGGUCUACGACCCAUCUUAACCGAAAUAUACAAACAAAAAGGUCAAGGAAUGACCAUGAAAGAAAUCCGAGACGGUAGCUGCAACAUCAGAGACCCUCUAGCCAAAAAAAGAGAAAUCUUCAAGAAAGUAUUUUUAGCAAGGUACCCUCCGGUUUUAGGGGAGUGGUUCCGGCGCACCUUCCCCGACGCACAGAGUUGGUUCUUCGCCCGAACUGCGUAUAUUCGCACCACUGCGGUUGUUUCCAUGGUGGGCUACAUUCUAGGAUUAGGGGACCGUCACGGCGAAAACAUCUUGCUAGAUUCGAUUUGUGGCGACACCGUCCACGUGGACUUCAACUGUCUUUUUAACAAAGGGGAGUCGUUCGAGUGGCCGGAACGAGUCCCGUUUCGUCUCACCCAAAACAUGGUGGCCGCCAUGGGUCCGUUGGGUGUGGAAGGGGUGUUUCGGAAGUCGUGCGCGUGUGCGCUUCGCGUUUUGCGCAAUAACGCCAACACCCUCAUGUCGAUAGUGACGCCUUUCGUGUACGAUCAGUUGGUGUCGUAUAAAACCGGCUCCGGUUCUGCGAAUAAUAUGGCCGAAAGGACGAACGAACAGGCGCUGGAUCAUGUGAAGAAUAUACAGCUUCGGUUGCAGGGUAUCAUAGUAAAAACCAAAGAUCGCUCAUUGUCUAUUCCGUUGUCGAUUGAAGGACAAGCUAACAGUUUGAUCAAUGAAGCUAUAAGUCUUGACAAUUUGUGUCAAAUGUACAUAGGAUGGGGGGCGUAUCUUUAAGUAAAGAUUGUGAUAUUAAUUGUUUACUUUUUGUCUGGUGGAGCCUGGAGAACAAUUUUUAGUCUGACGUAGUUGUGAAAGGUUUCUUGGAGGUCGUUUUGGAGGCUUGCGGUGAUCUGGCGCAGUUUUCCGUCGCUUUCGCCGGCUACGAGUUUGGAGAUGCGUUGGCUGGGGCAGUGGACUAGGAUUAUCGCUGUCGUUACACCUAAGAAAAGCGGAUGAGAAUUGCGUCGUAAACAACUAUGUGUAUACCUUUCUCGUUGACAUUAAAGAACUCUAAUUCGGG